AUGGGAUCUGCCAGCGAUCUCACCAAGGAUGUGUUAGUAACCCCGGCAACACGCUCAACAACAGCAGCAGCAGGAACUAUAGUCAAGGAUACAGUCACAAACACAAACAGUGCUAGGGCCCUGUUUACAGACAAUAACAAAACAAAACAAGCACUUGAACAAGAAUUGCCUUACGAAACACCGGAGAGUCGGUUUUUGCCCCGUACGCGACCCAAACGAAGCUCUGCGUCAUCAGGGGUCGCAUCCCUGGCAGCAGGUGCAAAUGGGUCCCAAAUAUUAAGCGCAGGUGCAGGUCUGAGGACUGGCGCCGGCAUGUCCCAGUCUGCUACAGACACAACUAGUAGUCCUUCGUCUUCUAAAAUCCCUGCACGCACAAACCCUAACUCCUUUGGCACUGGACGGCCUGUAUCGCCUAUUGGAGGCGAAUCAGGUAAUCGAAGGGCCUCCAACCGUGCCACCCCCGCAAGCAAUGUACGCUCUACCCGUGCAAGGUGCUCAUCCUCAUAUGGGACCGGCACCUCCGGCGGGUAUGCCUCGCUCACAGCCAAGGCCAGGUAUGAGGCCAGUAUUGCACCCGCGCCAAAUACCUGGGGCGCCAGGACAGAGAGGGCCUUUGCACUACCAGUAUGGGGCUCCGCCCCCGAAUACAGAGCGCUCAUAUGUCUAUCCAUCCCACGCCACCCAGGCCCAUACUACGCUGCCGCGCCUCCCCUAGGCACCGCACCACGGACCAUAGUACCCACACCCACACACAGUACAGUCACUACCGAAACUGCCAACAACAACAACAACAACAACAACGGCAUAAUCUCGGCCAUGAGUGCGAUCAACCCGACUACUGUGUCUGAUACCGCACACCCUGACGACGAGAAUGGAGGUGAGAAAAUAACGGGCGUUGUUCCGUCACAUGUGACUUCAACGUCCGUCGCGCCGGACACGGAAGCGACACAGACGGAGGCUGAAAGCGCAGUACAGGCACAGUCAGACUCACAGAUACAGGAGAACACACAGAAACAGACACAGACAAACACACACACGCACACACAGACGGCUGGGAAUGGACAGGCUCUUACAGCGUCACCACUAUCACAACAGCAACAUCAUCAACAACAACAACAGCAGCAGCAACAACAACUACAGGGGGUUCCAGGAUAUAUACCAGCACCACCUCCUCACACUCAGUCGCAACAACAACAACAACACGCACAUCUCCAGCAACAGUAUCCCCCCAACCACCCCUACGCUCGACCGGGCUUGCAGCAACCACUCCAGGGGUACCCUCCCCGGGGCCAAAUGAUGGUACGAGGACCCCCUUUUAUGGGCCAACAUCUGCAACCACACCCGCACCAGACCGGCCACCCCGAUCAUAUGAUCGCCUUACAUCCCCAACACCAGGACCAACGCCCACAUAUGCGGCCCAUGCCUGGCACAGCAGGUAUGCCUCGUCCCGGUAUGGUGGCUGGUGGUCCCGGUAUGGGCACGCCAGUGAAACCUGAGGGACGGCUGAACAAAGGGCUGAGACACUUCUCAGCAAAGGUGUGCGAGAAACUGAAGAUCAAAGGCACCACUACGUAUCAGGUGGUGUCGGAUGAACUGGUCAACGAAAUGAAGGCCGAGUACGAGGCGGAUGGGAACAACUGUAGGAGGAAACCGUUUGAUCACAAAAAUAUCCGGCGGAGGGUGUACGACGCACUGAACAUCCUGCAAGCACUGCAUAUCAUAGACAGGCAACGGAAACUGCUAGUGUGGCAGGGGUUCCCCCAAGACUCUAAGGUUACUGUGAAGAAACUGAUUGAGGAUAAGGCCAUGAGAGCCCAUCAACUGGCAGAGAAAAAGGCAGCGCUAGAUGAGAAGAUACUGCAGAAGGUGAUGUUAAGCCAAGUGUUUGAACACAAUAAGCAAAGGGAAGCAGAGGAAAAGUCUAGCGACGGCUUCGAACCUAAACUGCCCAAAGCCACUCUCAAGUCGCUCGGCGGAGACGAGGAAGGCAAGGACCAGAAGUUACCGCCACAAUUAGGGAUCCCGUUUGUACUAAUGCAGUCUCCGAUAGGUCACAACGUGGAGGUGACCUCGAAUGAAGACCUCACCUUCUAUCGGUUCAAGUAUAGAGGACUACGGUUUGGUCUGGAAGACGAAGUAUCCACUCUGCAGAAGAUGGGCUACGGAGAGGGUCUGGUCACAAACACGUGCACGCCAGAGGCACUGCAACGGCUGAAACAGUACGUACCGGAGUCCGUCCAACCGUAUUUAGAAGAGCGCUGUUCGGCUAAGAUGUUCCUGAAAGCCCCAGAGGAUCUGCCGCAACCACCGCCGCCAAAUGCACCUGUGCUCGGUGGACCAGGGCCUAGUGCACCUGCGUCUGUACAGUCGUCUCCGAUUCCUAAGCAAGAAAAUGGGGUCAGUUCAACACAGGCGUUUUCAUAG